GCUUUCAAAUAAUGUACAUUCUGGCACGUGCAUUUGAAUACUUUUGUCCUAUUAUUGUACCGGAAAUAAAUUUUAUAUUACAUUCAAAACAUCAUGUGAAACUUGUUUGGGAAAAUUACUAAUUGUAUGUAUACUUGACAUUAUUAUGAUUAGAUUUAAUGAUGUAAUGGUACAAUGUAUCAAGUAUCUCUCCUUAAAACACUUGAGGAAAAAAUAACUGGUGCCAUUUCGUUUCAAUGCAUCUUGUAUUUGUUUCUUUUGACAGGCAAGAGAACAGUUCACAACCUCUUAAGAAUAAGAGCAUUUAAGUAGUUAUUUUAAAUUAAUGUAUAAACAAUACAUUCUUUCGAUCGAGAGAAAAUUUAUCAUCAUAAACUGAAAGAAUAGUGAACGAAUGGGAUAAAAUUUUGUUCUUAUGAAUAAAGGAAUCGGAUUGUUUCAAGUUGUUUUCAAAUUAUUCUAAACUGAUAUGGGCAAAUAUUUUGUACCAGCUUCAAGAAAGUUUUACAACAAAUAUUUACAUAUAAAUAUGCAGUUGUUCGGUAAAGUAACAGUCAUUCUCUUCAGUGUAUUUGCUUUGACGAGUUCAGCAAACGAAUUUGAUCGUCUAAAGUUAAGGGUCAAACAUUUAGAAACUAGACUUAAUACCGAGUUUACGUUUAGAGACGAGGAUAUUGCUGAAAUUACAGGACGACUAGAUGACAUAGAUAAAGUGUUAAAUGCUACUAUUGGAAAACAACAGCCCAUUCCUUCAGCUGCAUCAAAAGCUGGCGACACUGAUUUUGAAACAGUGGAUACAUUGAAAGAGGAUUUCACUAGACUUAGGUCAGCCUUCACAGAAGAAAAAACUGAGAUUAAAAGAUUACGACGGGAAAUUCCAAAGAUUGAAAACAAUUUGAUAUCCCUAAACAAAGAUGUUAAAGAUUAUUGUGAAGUUGCUGUUAAUAACACUGAUCAUUUAUUAACCAGCUUUGAAAAGGUCCAAAAUGUGCACAAAGACAUUAUAAACACACCUGAAAUUAAAGCGCUAGAAAGUAUGGCUGACCAGGUACAACUAAACACUAAACAAAUUGAAAACAUUGAAACUCUUGUUACUGUUUUAUUAAUGCACAGUGGUUACUCAUUCUCGAGUUCCCCCUGUGAUUUGUUAAGAAAAAUUAAUCAGAAGAAAAGUAAAAUUUACAAUUUUCAAAAAGGUUUGGAAAUCUACUGUGACCAAACUACAGACGGUGGGGGCUGGGUAGUAUUUCAAAGAAGACUUAAUGGUAAAACAGAUUUUUAUCGAAACUGGACUGAUUAUAAAAACGGCUUUGGUGACCUGAAUGGUGAGUUCUGGCUCGGCAAUGAACAUUUGAGUCUACUGACAUCAGAUGGCGGACAUGAACUGAGAAUAGACAUGGAAGAUUUUGAGGGAAACAGUGCAUAUGCCAAGUAUAGUAAGUUUAAGGUAUAUCCGGAAGAAGACAAUUACAGACUGGAGGUGAGUGGAUACAGUGGAACUGCUGGAGAUUCUCUUAGACGUCAUAAUGGAGCGAUGUUCUCAACGUAUGAUAGAGACCAUGAUACAUCCAGGACAAUGAAUUGUGCAAAAAGUAAUCAUGGUGCAUGGUGGUAUAACAGUUGCCACUAUUCCAAUCUAAAUGGACAGUAUUAUAACCAGCCUGGCAAAAUGCAUUAUACUGGAAUUAACUGGUGGGAUUGGAAGAAAAAAUACUACAGUUUGAAAAAAGUAGAAAUGAAAUUCCGUUAAGAUGAUCUACUGAGAUAUUAUCACAGUUAUAAAGUUUAUCAAAUAAUACGUUUGUAGUAUUUUGUUAUGUAAACUUUAAAGAAAUAUUUCUUGUGAUAGCUUAUCAAGAAAAAAGACUGCACACAUGCAUAGUGGAAUCACUGUCAGGUUGACUAACAUUUCAUAGUUACGUUGUUGGUUGCAAAUGUUACCUGACAUUAAAUAGUGCCUCAAACAUACAUGUAUACAUGUAUAUGUAUUGAUUCCAAUUCUUCAAAUCUUGUGAAGAUCCCACAGAAUGUUACGCUAUCUAUAUGAGUUAUCUUAAAUUUCUUACAAAGUAAUAAUAAGGCAGGCAAAA